AUGGGCGAACAUGAGGGGUGGGCACAGCCACCAAGUGGGCUUUUGCCGAAUGGCCUAUUGCCCAAUGAAGCUGCCUCGGUAAUGCGAGUGCUCGACUCAGAGCGAUGGUUGAAGGCGGAGGAGAGAACUGCAGAGCUUAUUGCCUGCAUUCAGCCCAAUCCACCCUCCGAGGAGCGCAGAAAUGCCGUCGCUGAUUAUGUUCAGCGGCUCAUAAUGAAGUGCUUCCCCUGCCAGGUCCAGGUGUUCACUUUUGGAUCUGUACCCCUGAAGACGUAUUUGCCUGAUGGAGAUAUUGACCUGACAGCCUUCAGUAAGACUCAAAAUUUGAAGGACACAUGGGCCCAUAAGGUUCGUGAUAUGCUGGAGAAUGAGGAGAAGAACGAGAAUGCUGAAUUCCGCGUGAAAGAGGUUCAGUACAUUCAGGCAGAAGUGAAGAUAAUCAAGUGCCUUGUGGAAAACAUUGUAGUAGACAUAUCUUUCAAUCAGCUGGGGGGCUUGUGCACCCUUUGUUUCCUUGAGGAGGUUGAUAAUUUGAUAAAUCAAAAUCAUUUGUUCAAGCGUAGUAUCAUACUGAUAAAGGCCUGGUGUUAUUAUGAGAGCCGAAUACUGGGUGCUCACCAUGGACUUAUCUCAACUUACGCGCUGGAAACUUUGGUUUUAUACAUAUUUCACGUUUUCAACAACUCCUUUGCUGGACCACUUGAGGUCCUGUAUCGUUUUUUAGAAUUUUUUAGCAAAUUUGACUGGGACAAUUUUUGUGUUAGCCUAUGUGGUCCUGUACCCAUUAGUGCACUUCCAGAUGUAACUGCUGAACCUCCGCGAAAAGAUGGUGGAGAGUUAUUACUGAGCAAAUUAUUUCUUGAUUCCUGUAGCUCAGUGUAUGCUGUUUUCCCUGGCGGUCAAGAAAAUCAGGGCCAGCCUUUUGUUUCCAAACAUUUUAAUGUUAUUGAUCCUUUGCGAAUCAAUAACAACCUGGGACGUAGUGUUAGUAAAGGUAACUUCUUCAGAAUACGCAGUGCAUUUGCAUUUGGGGCUAAAAGGCUGGCCAGGUUGCUUGAUUGUGCCAAAGAGGAUCUAUAUUUUGAAGUAAAUCAGUUUUUCCUGAACACUUGGGAUAGACAUGGGAGUGGUCAUCGACCUGAUGCACCACGAAACGAUUUGAGGCGCAUAAGACUUUCAAAUCCAGACCACUUACAUGGAUCUGAGAAUCUCAGGAACAUUUCACGCGACCAAAAAGACGAAAGUUCCUCUGGUCGUGGUACUCAUGGUGAUGGGACGCAUGGCUCACUUAGUGUUCCCUCCCAGCAUGGUAGUUAUCCUUUAGAAAGCACAUCCGGGAACAGUGAUGUGCCUACUGGAACUCAUGCUCAAAGCCAAAAGAAUCAUGGGAACACAAACACUGCUAGGGCGUCUGAUCAGAUUAGAAAGGAAACCAAUUCCAAUCUGGGUGCAAAGGUUGAUAAAGGUCAGAGAAGUGCUAGACCUGAUAACUUGGUGAAUGACCUCCAUGGGAGGUUUCUUUUUGCAAGGACACGUUCUAGUCCUGAGCUUACUGAUUCGUAUGGUGAAGUUUCCUCUCAAGGUAGACGCAACAGAGCCCCCGAGAGUGGGAAAACCCAAACUUAUUCGACAAGGUUGGAUAAUAGCAGGAGGAAAAACCUGGACUCUGACAGUAUGGCAAGCCACAGAGUUAGAUCUUCAACUGAUGAUCCUUCGUCUGCUAGACAAAUCUCAUCCCAUCAAAGCCUUGAUGCUACUGUUGAUUCAAAUAGCUAUCAUGAGGAAUUGGGAUUGAAUGCCAUUGCUGAUGAUUAUGCUUCUAUUUCGGGGACACAAGGGAUGCACCAGGAGGAGCAAGAUCUUGUUAACAUGAUGGCAUCUUCUACAGCUCAUGGUUUUAAUGGGCCAGUCCAUCUUCCACUGAAUAUGGCUUCGAGUCACCUACCACUUCCAAUCCCACCAUCCAUCCUUGCUUCUAUGGGAUAUGCUCAGAGAAAUAUGGGUGGAAUGGUUCCCACAAAUUUUCCCAUGAUUGAGACUCCUUGGGGAACAAAUCUGCAAUUUCCCCAAGGUGUUGUCCCAUCGCCGUUAGCCCCUUAUUUCCCCGGCUUGGGGUUGUCCUCAAAUCCUGAAGAUUCAGUGGAACCUAGUAAUGAAAAUUUUGGAUCUGUGGAAAUGAACUCAGGUGAAACUGAUCAUGAUUUCUGGCAUCAGCAGGAAAGGGGCUCUACUGGUGGGUUUGAUCUUGAAAAUGGAAGUUUUGAAUUGCUUCAGGAAGAUGAUAAGCAACAGUCAACUUCAGCUAGUUAUAACUUUCAUCCUUCAUCUCGGGUAGGCACCUCAGGAAGUUCUAUGCGAGUUCAACAAAAGCCUAAAGAAAACCGAGAUGCAUUGAGGGAAGAUCAUGUGGAUAAUUUUCAGUAUCAAGAUAACAAAGGAAAUGAGGUAUACUUUGAUGACCGAACUGUGAGUUCUAGGUCUGCAACUUAUACAAGUUCAGUGAGAAGUAAGACCUCCUCUGAGAGUUCUUGGGAAGGAUCAUCAGCAAAGGUCUCAAAGUCAACAAGGGAAAAACGGGGUAGGAGAACUGCUCUUUCAGCAGCGCCGUCUGCUGCAUUUGGGAAAGGCAAGAGUGUGUCUGAACAUUCAUCUACCCAGGCAGAUGAUGACAACAGAGAUUGGAAUCAACCUACGACUUUAGGUGCCGAAAUGGUAGAAAGAAGCACAGGACCUCAACCCGCUGCUUCUUUGCAUGUUCCAAGGCAUCAAAUGCCUGGUUUUGAACCAUCUCAGACAAGUGGAUCAGAUUCGUUGAUACCAUUUGCUCCAGUGCUCUUAGGUCCAGGUUCACGACAGAGAGCUUCAAAUGAUUCUGGGAUGCUUUUUUAUCCUACAGGGCCUCCAGUUCCAUUUGUUACAAUGCUUCCUUAUAAUUACUUCUCAACAGAGACAGGAACUUCAGAUGUAUCAGCUAACCAAUUUAGUAGAGAAGAGGGACCGGAUAAUAGUGAUUCUGGUCAGAAUUUUGAUUCAUCUGAGGGAGCUGAUCAGCCUGAGGUAUUAAGUACUUCUAACUCUAUUGGAAGGCCUGCUCCUAUUGAGGCAUCAGAGCAUAAGUCCGACAUUCUACACAGCGAUUUUGCAAGUCAUUGGCAGAAUUUGCAAUAUGGACGUAUUUGCCAAAAUUCUCGGCAUCCUUCACCUGUGGUUUAUCCAUCACCAGUUAUGGUGCCCCCUGUCUACUUACAAGGACGAUUACCUUGGGAUGGCCCUGGGAGACCUCUUUCAGCCAACAUGAAUCUUUUCAAUCAGCUUGUGGGUUAUGGGCCUCGACUGGUUCCUGUUGCUCCUCUCCAGUCUGUUUCUAACAGGCCUGCCAGUGUUUAUCAACGUUAUGUCGAAGAGAUUCCAAGAUAUCGUAGUGGGACUGGGACCUACCUGCCAAAUCCUAAGGUUACUGUACGGGAUCGGCAUCCUUCAAGCACAAGAAGGGGGAAUUACAAUUAUGAAAGAAAUGACCACCAUGGUGAUAGAGAAGGAAACUGGAAUACUAAUUCAAAGUCACGAGCUUCUGGCCGCAACCACAGUCGCAACCAAGGUGAGAAGCCAAAUUCAAGAGCAGACCGUUUGGCAGCUAGUGACAGCCGAGCUGAAAGGCCAUGGAGCUCACAUAGGCAGGACUCAUUCCCUUCAUAUCAAUCUCAAAAUGGUCCUAUCCGCUCAAACACUACGCAGAGUGGUUCCACAAAUGUUGCUUAUGGCAUGUAUCCGCUACCAGCCAUGAACCCCAGUGGGGUGUCAUCAAAUGGACCUUCCAUUCCAUCAGUUGUCAUGUUGUAUCCUUAUGACCAUAAUACUGGCUAUGGGCCACCUGCAGAACAACUUGAGUUUGGUUCUCUUGGACCAGUGGGCUUCUCAGGAUUGAAUGAGGUUUCACAGCUAAAUGAGGGGAACAGGAUGAGUGGAGUAUUUGAGGAACAAAGGUUUCAUGGUGGCUCUGCUCAACGAUCUUCGCCUGAUCAGCCUUCUUCACCCCACCUCCAAAGAUCAGUGGCCCAGAGGAAUUAUCAGUUGAAAGAUGAGGAUUUUCCACCUCUAGCUUUAACAGAUCAGGAAGGGAAUGAUGAUGGAAGGAACUACAAUGAGAAUCCCUCCCAUUACCAGGCGUUCUUGUUCUCACCCCAAUCUUAA